GUAUUCUUUGGGACCCGCAUUUUUGCAAACGCCUGGCCAUCAUCUCAUCCGGCACCAUUCGGUAAAUCUGAAUAAAUGCGAGCUUAGUUCCCUUUGCUCGAAACCCGGAACCUUGAAGUAAUCCUCAGCCACAACCCUUCGGAACGACUAACACGCAUUGACAACUCGCAAGUCUAGGCGUGCUCGUUCUCACAAACAGUGAGGCAGUCAAGGUCUAUCCGCAAUGUCGGCGCUCAAAUUUGUGCCCUUCUCCUCAGAGAUAGAGCUGCCCUUUUACACGGCUCUAUUCUCGUCGAAGCUCGACCAUGACAAGCUUGACGAUUCCGCGCGUCCGGUGUUGGGCUUGUAUGAGCCUCACGCCCAAGCCAGCCCAGAGUCGAGCACUAGGAUGCAGAUUCUAGGUCAUGCGCUCACAAGUAAGGACGUGCCCACCGGCAUGUGUCGAGCAAAGGGGUACAUCAAGAACGUCAACACCAUUGAGGAGUUCAAAAACACAGAUACGAACGCCAUGAUCACUGAUGCUGGUCGCCAGAUUUGGGAUGCGAUUCUAGACGGCACGAUCUACUCAGUACCAUCGCUCCUCUCGUCGUUCGCCAUCCUCUCAUUUGCAGAUCUGAAGAAGUACCGGCUUAUUUACCGCUUCGCAUUUCCUGCGCUUCACUCUGACCCGCCCUGGAAGCGAACCGGAGAAAUUGGACACCUUGACUCCAAGGAGAGCACGGCCCUCGUUGAGGCGGUAGGGACCUGGCGGUACUCCAUUAGCAACGAGAAAGAGCACGGCUUCUUUCUUGCGAAGAAGGUACGCGGCGUCGACGCAUCGCCCAAGGGCCCCUUUGACGAUUCAUCGACGGAACUUGGGUAUCGAUGGGAAAUUGGCGCCCUUAGAGACUUUGAGACGGGCUUCUUCAACAAUGCCGCCGAGGAUGACCGAUAUGUCGCCUUUGUCGAUCCCUCCAACUAUCCGGAUGCCCCGGCGUGGCCACUCCGGAACCUCCUAGUUCUGAUCAGGCAAAGGUACCGUCUAGACAAGGUUAAGGUGCUCUGUUACCGUGACACACAUGGGAGGAGGCAUGAGGCGCGAAGUAUAGUUCUUCCGCUCUCCGUCGAGCCAGCUGAGAAUACGGAGCCAGCAAAAAUGCCCAACGUGACGGGUUGGGAGAGAGAUCCGAGCGGCAAACUGAAAGCCCGAGUGGCCAACCUAGCCGAGUACGUGGAUCCCACACGGCUGGCCGACCAGGCUGUCGAUCUAAACCUUAAAUUAAUGAAAUGGCGGCUUGCACCAAACCUCGACCUCGACACUAUCAAGGGUACGAAAUGUUUGUUGCUCGGUGCAGGCACCCUGGGGAGUUACGUCUCCAGGAACCUGAUGGGUUGGGGUGUGCGGAAGAUUACUUUUGUCGAUUAUGGUGCCGUAUCGUUCUCAAAUCCUGUCCGCCAGCCGCUAUUUCAGUUUGACGACUGCCUCAACGGAGGUAAAUCCAAGGCACUUCGCGCUGCCGAGGCGCUCAAGGAAAUUUACCCCGGAGUUGAAGCGGAGGGUCACGUCUUGUCCGUGCCGAUGCUGGGCCACCCUGUGCUAGACGAGUCCAAAGUGAUGGCGGAUUUCACCAAGUUACAGGAGUUGAUUGCCUCACAUGAUGCCAUCUUUCUCCUGAUGGACACGCGGGAGUCGAGGUGGCUGCCAACCCUGAUGGGCAAGGCCGAGAACAAGAUCGUGAUGAAUGCGGCUCUCGGAUUUGACACGUACGUAGUGAUGCGGCACGGUGCAGCCCCAGAGAACGGCAGUGGAGAGACUUUGGGCUGCUACUUUUGCAACGACGUUGUCGUCGCUGCCGAUUCCCUGAAAGAUCAGACGCUCGAUCAGCAGUGCACCGUAACACGCCCGGGCGUCGCGGCGAUAGCCUCGGCGCUGCUCGUGGAGCUGCUCACAAGCAUCCUGCAACACCCCCGGAAACAGCACGCGCCAGCCCCCGUAGCCACAUCGGGGCAGAACUACGAGCGCGACCCGCACGACCAUGCCCUGGGCAUCGUACCGCACCAGAUCCGGGGGUUUCUGUCCACGUUCCAGAACAUGGUCAUCCACGGGAGGUCUUACCCGCAGUGCAGCGCGUGCAGUGGUCCGAUUUUAUCGGCCUACAAGUCCGAGGGUUGGGAGUUUGUCAAGAGGGCUCUGAACAGCCGGGAGUAUGUUGCCGAGCUAAGCGGGCUGGCAGAGGUGCAGCGAAAGGCGGAAGCGGCCGCUGCUGAGGUGGAAUGGAGCGAGGAUGAGGGGAUGGCCGAGGAGGAAGGGGAGGGGAUUUUGCUUUGAUACCUACCUUGGCAAGGCGACGGUCUCGUUUGGUGGAAGGACUUGCCGCUUGAAAUGUGCUCGUCUGGCUUGAAGCCUGGGCUGGGCGAAUGACCAGCUUUUCUGAAUUGUCGUUCACCAGUCACGUUUGGGAAGGGCUGGAUCUGGAUCUGGAUUGCUGAAAAUCUAAUGGACUGGAUGUAUAAAUCCACGAACAAAGCCGGCGUUGAGAUGAUCGUUAGGUAGCUAUUUGCCAUGAGAUAGUCAGGACUAAGGAGCGUUCUUGCAUGUCCCAACAUCCCAUGUUGUCAUUUUGUAGCCCCUAGGUAGCUCC